AGGCAAACAAGCUUUUCGCUUGGUCCGAAAUGAGCUUUCAUUCUGCUGCUGCAGCACUUUCUUUCCAUCUUUUGCAGCCCCUCCCUUGCAUACUUCUCCUCCCCUUUGCCCACACAUCUGGAAGCCAGCUCCUCAUUUAUUUGUUUUUUUUCCCCUUCUUUCUCCAGAAUUUUGAAAGAAAGAAAAAAGUUCUUUACCUUGUCAUGCAAUUACAUCUCAGUAUGCAAUUAUGCUGAGACUUUCUCCCGCCCCCUUCAAUCUGCAGCAGUGGCCGUGCUCACAUGGCAGUAGACCGAAAUAGCUUCAUGUCUGUUUGGACCGUGGCCCGGCACAAACUAUGCUCCGCCGCUUGACUGUCAGUAGGAUGUUGGCUUUCUCCAGCCAAGCCAGUCUGUGCAGUUCUUUACUCCGGCAGGGCUACAUAACGCGGCUGCGGGACGGAAAAAACUGAAGGAGACAGAAGAAGAACUAAGUGGUGUUGCUAUGAAUCCCGGCGGGAACACUUAACCUUUUUAGGCCACAGAGCGGGGGUGAGAAACUGAAGCGGGAAGGUGGACGAAAGAAUGGCAACGCCGCAGUGCAGCUCCAGGCAGAGCAGCUCACUAUCUUCUUCUCCCAGCAGUAGUCGCAUACAAUGCCUGCAGGUGGACUCGGUCCAGCGCUGGAUGGAGGACCUGCGUCACAUGACGGAGGUGGAGUGCAUGUGCGUGCUCCAGGCCAAACCCAUCGAGGUCGAGGACGAUGCCCAGCAGGCCGAGCUGAUCGUGUCCGGCGGGGCGGUGACGGGAGAGGCGGCAGUGGGGGACCACGUGGCCCGCAAUAACUUGCAGACACUGCUUCGCCGGGCCCUCGUCGUCAGCACCGAGCUGGGUAAGAUGUUCCAGCGGCUGGAGAAGGGACGCUGGCAGAGGGUCCACAGUACAGCGGUGCGAGCAAAUUGUCACGUGCGCUCCCUGGUGCAUGAGUACAGCGCAGCACGCAGCACGCCGCCAGAGAUGCAGAAGUUUGAGACAUCUCUUCUGGAGAAGUGCAUGGAGCUGACGAAUAUCACAGAAAGGUGCAUUCACACCGAGGACGAGUUCUUCCUGAAGUCCAUGAGAGACGCCAUCCACGAGAUCCUGACGGAUGUCAGUGAUUCAUUCAGCAACAUGAUUGACAUGGCAUUAGCCAAUGAGAUCCAGGUUCUGAUCAAGCAGAUUGAAUCUUCAGACAAUGUCCAUACCAUCAGCAGCGCCAUCAGCAACCUGCUGUCUCUCACCCAGGAUGGACCGCAGCUCUGCAGCAUCAUCGCCAAGGAAGGCGCGGUGGUGUCGCUGUUCAAGAUCUGCCGGCAGGAUCGCUUCAAAGGCCUCUACGCUCACGCUCUGAGGACCGUGGCCUCCAUUUGCUGCGUGGAGGAGGGCAUCAAGCAGCUAGACAAGGUGGACGGCAUCCUGUGCUUGGCGGACAUCCUGACGGACGACGGCAGCGCGGAGGCGGCGCGGGCUGAGGCAGCGGCGGUGGUGGCGCAGAUCACGUCGCCGCAUCACACGUCCACGCAACACCUGGCCAGCUUCCUGGAGAGCAUGCACGACAUCGUCACGGCGCUCAUCAAUUUGUGCGAGAGCGCCUCCUGCGGCGAGGUCUUCCUUCUGGCGUCGGCGGCCCUUGCCAACAUCACCUUCUUCGACAGCAUGGCCUGCGAGAUCCUGUUGCAGCUCAACGCCAUCCACAUCCUGCUGCGGGCGUGCAAGGACCGCCAUCGGGUGGACACCCCCUACUCCAAAGACCAGGUGGUGACUAUCUUAGCCAACCUCUCUGUUUUGGAGCAGUGUGCGAGUGAAGUCCUGCAGGAGCAAGGUGUGGAGAGGCUGCUGCUGCUACUGGGCGAGAGGCCGUCCUCCUCCAGCCCGUCCGAGGGCGCCGCCUGCGAGCGCGUGCAGCAGAAAGCCGCUGUCACGCUGGCGCGUCUCAGCCGGGACUCCGAUGUCGCUCAGGCUGCCAUCCAGCUCAAAGCCGUUCCUCGUCUCAUCGAGCUGUGCCGAUCUCCCACGGAGAGAAAUAACAGUGACUCGGUCUUGGUCGCUUGCCUGGCAGCUUUGAGGAGGCUGGCUUCAGUGUGCCCGGACAGCAUCGAAGCGGCAGAUCAUCAGCAAUUGAUUAAACCGCGCUUGGUGGACUCCUUCCUCCUGUGCUCCAACAUGGAAGAGAGCUUUGUGUGACGCUAACAUGCUCAUAAUACGCAUCCAACACUGACCGCUCAAGAAGUGGAAAACAUUCCUUGACUGGACCAUCAGACAAAAGUAUGCGAAUGGAUGUAGAGACAUUUAUGUGCGUGUGUGUGUAUGUGUGUGUGUGUGUUUGUAAAACAUACGACAUAAGAUGAUGGCUUGGCUCGACAACUCAAAUCAGGACACAAUUCUGCGAGUCCAUAUCACUCAUCCUAUUUAUUUAUAUUGUUUAUGCAGUGGAAGCUCAAUUUAACGGACCCAGAUCCAGUGGACCUUGGAUUCAAUGGACAGAAAGUAGUGUCCAGUCGAUUGCAACUAUUUAAGUCUGUUAAAUCCAGAAAUGGACGGAUUGGUGGAAGGUUAGAUAAUCGUGAGUAUACAUAAAAUGUCAAAUUAUUACGAGAUUAAAAUCACAGUAUACCAAUGAUAUCGUUUUAAUUUUAUAUGGAUGAAGUUUGUGCUUUCCGAUAAAAAAAUAAAGUCAGAAUGUUACUUAAUGUAUUUCAGAGUUUACAUUGUUAUGAAAUUUACAAAGUUGUAAUGUUACAGUCAUACAAACCACCGUAUUUCCAUAACAAUAUACUAACUACGUCUUUACAAUUCAAGAUAUCGCUUCCAUGGGCAGCAAAGUUUUUUUUUUUUAAUGAAUACUGCGUGCAUGAAUUAUUGCCAUCGCUUGUGUUUCGCAAGUCAUGGAGAUUUUGUGUUCUUCAUGUGGAUUUCCAUUCAUAUGUGUCAUGAUCAUAUGUGCUACUGGCAUUUGUUAAAUUGCCUUCUUAUUCUCAUUAUUAUUUAAAAGGGACAAUUGUAUGCAACACAUGUAAUAAAAACAAGUAGCUCUCAAUCUUGCAUGAUAGCAUGUGUCUGAUAAAAUGAAGAGAUAUUCCGGUUUUCUACCCUGCAGCAAACAUGAAUAAAACAAAAAGUGUUUGGGUGA